AUGGCGGACGGAGAACCGAGUCACCACGACAAGCUGGCUGCCUCUACUGCUAUCCUUGCCGCGGUCUCAGCCGCCACAUUGGCCUCCAACGUCCAAACUAACGGAGAUGAUUCCAGCAGCACUGUCGCCUAUCAGCGCGUGCUCCCGCAUGGCGACCGUCGCUGUGUAGAGAGAACCAGUAAAAAGUUACAAUCUCUGGACGGUGUUGUUCACGUCUGGGUGCGUGACGCGCGAUCCUUUCGCCAUGGACAGGAGAGCACUGUCCCGUACUUCUCUCUACGUGUAGCUGCAACCAUUCCCGUCAACCAACUUCGGGGUCUUGUUCAGGAGCAGUUUGCGCUCCUUUCGCCCUAUCGAAAGGAAGUGGAUGGCGAGCUGCAAUUGUGCUUCGACGACCGCACGCUGGACGAUGAAGAAGUGUUUUCCGCAUAUCUCCCGGGUGGGAAUAUAAACACUUCGGCCAAGACUGGGUAUGUCGGGACUGCAGGUCAUCGAAAACCUUCAUGGCCCAAACGGUUCGUAGCUAACCGUGCCUUCCGACCAGGAAUCCUGUGGGUGCUGCCCUGGCGUCCGUCUCGAAAGCAGCCUCUCCAAUGGGGAAGCGGCGAGAACCUCACUGCAGCCGCUCACUCUUCAAAAACUCGACGAGCACAGUCACCUCAAAGCCACCAACCUGCACAGCCUCAGUAG